GCCCCCUCUUUUCUCGUCAUCGGCCGACAUUUUCCGUGUCUGGAUUUCGAAAACUCAAAUCCCUCCGAACUGUCUCUCUCCUUCGUAAAAAAGACUCUCAGAAGCUCCAUUGCAUUCACUGAUCUUUCCUUCUCCAGCAAAUUUCGCAUUGGUGUUUUCAUGUUCUAGCUCAUUAAUGAGAUGAGGUGGUUAAAAGAGUGGUAUCACUUCCUGAAGCAUAUUAAAUGCACAAAUGAGAUUGCUAAGUUCGGUUCACCUUGGUAUCACACAGUUGACAACUGCCAUAAUGCUGAAAAGAUUAUGAACCAUGUAUGUCCUCAAAGACAUCCUCAAACAGGCUGUAUUUCUCAGUCCCUGUUUCAGCAUUCUGGCUUUCGGAGAGGGAUUAUGGGAAUUUGGGAGAGGCCAAUCACAGCCAACAAUGCAUUGCAGGGGUUUGAACUGCAUUCUGAUAAAGGAAGUCCUUUGCCUAUGUUCCGUCAGUUUCGGAAAAUUGUUCAGCAAGAACCCUGCUUAAGUAGAGACUGGCUCGUGCAGCUUUGGGUUGCAGAAAGGAGAUCAGGAAAUUCUAGAUUCAAGAGAAAACAAAGAGUUGUGAGACGUGUCCAAAGAAGGGAGACUGCUUUUGAAAAUCAGCCCCUUUUCCAGUCACCAUUCAGGAGAUGGUUUGCGAGCCCAACGGUGGCAGGAGAAAGAUUUAACGAUUCAGAGAAACCACUCAUCAAGCAACCACCCCUUAGCCAAUCGUCCACAGAUUUUUUGCAACCAACAUCUCCAGAAGAGAUCAAGGUAGAACCUCUUCUUGCCAGGGCCAAUUUGCUCAUAACUAGAGAUAUAGAGUGGGCAAAUCUUAUGCUGGGUUUUGAGCAGGAGAACCGAUAUGCUAUGGUAGAUGCUUGCUACCCUCAGUCACCUGUGGGUUUUAUCCGUGAGCAAAGUAACCUAAUCUUUAGACAGCUACUUCGUACAAGGCGCCCUUUUGUUGCAUACAUAACUGAUGCGAUGGGUAACGAGCUAUUUAGGGUUCGCAGGCCAAUUUGGUUUAUAAACAGCACAAUUUAUGCAGAGAUUGACGGUAAGGAAAUUGGUGUGGUUCAUAGACGAUGGCAUCUUUGGCGGAGAGUGUAUGAUUUAUAUUUGGGGAAGAGGCAGUUUGCAGUGGUUGAAAAUCCUGGUUUUUGGAACUGGACAUUUACUUUAAAGGAUAGUGAUGGGAAUGUGCUUGCUGAGAUUGAUCGUGACUGGAGGGGCAUCGGCUUUGAGCUCUUCACUGAUGCAGGUCAGUACGUUAUCCGGUUUGGGCAUGCGGAUCCAAUUUCUAAGACUGGGCCAGCUCAUGCAAUUCAAGAAUUAGAAAUUAGCCGCCCAUUGACUCUAUCAGAAAGGGCUGUGGCUGUUGCUCUUGCUGUGUCAUUGGACAACGACUAUUUCUCUAGGCAUGGGGGUUGGGGAGUCCCUUUCAUUGCAGUCGGCGAAUAGACAGGUGCGUGGCACACUGCUUCUGCAGUUAUUCCUUUGUGCUGUUGUCUGCUUGUGUUUUUCCCAAGAAUCUCCUUCACCUUUGUCCAUGUAAGUUCUGUGAGAGAGUAUAGGGGUUGGUUUAGCUGCUGCUGUAACAAAUGCUGUUAACCAACUUGCGAGCAAAAUGAUCAAAAUAGCGUAUAACUCUACAGCAUGUGAUGCUUGAAGGUAGUUUGUACCAUCUCGGCAAAGAAACAGUGUUUUUUUUUUUUUUUUUUUUGUAGGAUAAAGAAAUAAUGUUAUUUGUACCAUCUCGGCAAAGAAACAAUGUUAUUGCUGAAAACGAGAUUCAUUCGAAGCCAUUUUUCAAAUACAAA